AUGACGGACCGGGCGAGCAUCAGCGCCCCCAAACCCGCCUCGCGCCCCGCCCAGACCCCCGUGCUGCCCCCGGACCCCAUCGACAUCAUCCGGACCAAGGCCAAGUCGCGGCGGGUGCAUCUGAACGUGGGCGGCCUGACUCACGAGGUCCUGUGGAGGACCCUGGACCGCCUGCCCCGGACCCGCCUGGGACGCCUCAGGGACUGUAACAACCACGAGUCGGUGCUGGAGAUCUGCGACGACUACAACCUCACGCACAACGAGUACUUCUUCGACCGUCACCCCAUGGCCUUCUCCUCCAUCCUGAACUUCUACCGCACGGGCAAGCUGCACAUGAUGGAGGAGAUGUGCGCCCUCUCCUUCGGCCAGGAGCUGGACUACUGGGGCAUCGACGAGAUCUACCUGGAGUCGUGCUGCCAGGCGCGGUACCACCAGAAGAAGGAGCAGAUGAACGAGGAGCUGCGGCGGGAGGCGGAGACGCUGCGGGACCAGGACGUGCACGAGGAGGAGCAGGGCUGUUGCCCCGAGCAACGCCAGAAACUCUGGGACCUGCUGGAAAAACCCAGCUCCUCUGUGCCCGCCAAGAUCCUGGCCAUGAUCUCCAUCCUCUUCAUCAUCAUCUCCACCAUCUCUCUGUCUCUGAACACCCUCCCGGAGCUGCAGGUCGUCGACGAGUUCGGCCAGUUCAACGACAACCCGAGUCUGGCGCACGUGGAGGCCGUGUGCAUCGCCUGGUUCACCAUGGAGUACGUCCUGCGCCUCAUCUCGGCCCCGAACAAGUGGGACUUCAUCAAAGCUCCCCUGAACAUCAUCGACCUCCUCGCCAUCCUGCCCUACUACGUCACGCUCUGCCUCACCGAGUCCAACAAGAGCGUGCUGCAGUUCCAGAACGUCCGCCGCGUCGUGCAGAUCUUCAGGAUCAUGAGAAUACUGAGGAUCCUGAAGCUGGCGAGGCACUCCACCGGGCUUCAGUCGCUCGGUUUCACGUUGCGGCGAAGCUACAACGAACUGGGGCUCCUCAUUUUGUUUUUAGCGAUGGGCAUCAUGAUAUUCUCCAGUUUGGUUUUCUUCGCCGAGAAAGAUGAAGACGCGACAAAGUUCACCAGCAUCCCCGCCUCGUUCUGGUGGGCGACGAUCACGAUGACGACGGUCGGGUACGGCGACAUCUACCCGCAGACGUUGCUGGGCAGGAUAGUCGGCGGGUUGUGCUGCAUCGCGGGCGUCUUGGUGAUCGCGUUGCCAAUCCCGAUCAUCGUCAAUAACUUCUCGGAGUUCUACCGCGAGCAAAAGCGUCAGGAGAAGGCGAUAAAGCGGAGGGAGGCGCUGGAGAGGGCCAAACGCAGCGGCAGCAUCAUCUCCAUCAACGUAAAAGACGCGUUCGUGCGGAGUAUGGAGCUCACGGAUGUUCUGGUGGAGAAGAAAGACGAAAACGAGCUCCUCGCCGUGGAGAAUCACCUGUCGCCGAGUCGCUGGAGCUACCACAAGCAUUACUCAAACUCAGAGUCCAGCCCCGGACGCUCCCAGACUCAGUACCAGGAGGUGACCCAGAGAGGUUCACCUGAGCGGGGCAAGAGGUCCAACAAAGGGACCCCGGAGAAGAGCCAGGAGCCAGAGUCCAUCCUGGACAAACCGCUGGAGAUGAAGCCGCUUUCGUCCGCGGAGAUGAGCAUCGCAAACAGGAGAGGCUCCAGCUCAGAGCGGAGAGGCUCUGCCAGCAGGUACCGCAUCCCCCCUCCCCUGGACCUGAGCAGCAUCAGCGCCCUGGAGCAGCGAGGCGGCGCCGAAGGUCUGCAGGCCGGCAUGGACAUCAUCAAAGAGGGCGUGUACGAGAUCGUCAGCACCCCGAGCGAGCAGAGGGGGGCGAAAGAGAGCGCGGGGCCCACCUACGAGAGCCUGUGCAGCGCUCUGAGGGCCAGCCCAGGCCGCUCCAGGGGCCUCCGGGUGGACUACAUCGGCGCCAAAGACGACAUCCUCACCGCCGUCAUGACCCCCAUCUCCUCGGCAGACUCGCGCCUCUCCGAGCUGGCGGCGGGAGACGGCGUGGGCACCCGCCUCUCGCCUCUGCCCUCGUCCAAACACGUCUCCCCCCUCCACCCGUCCGCCCACAUCUCGGAGGCGGAGGCCGGAGCCGCGCUGAGCCCCGGGAGGAACCACCUGGAGCGGCCCGCCGCCUCCGGGAGCAGCACCCCCAAGAGCAACUGUGCCCAGGAGAGGAGGGCCGUGGACGGGGCGGAGGCGGGCAGUGAGUCGGGCGACCGGAGGGGCAACCACGUCCAGGAGGGCUGUCUCUCCCCACACUGUGAGACGCAGAUGUGA